AUGCCGUCAAUGGAAACGGGAAACAGGGCUCUAUGCUAUCCUAACACCUUUUUCCCAUGCAACUCUGUGGAGGAAGAUGAGACGGUGACAAUCAAGGUGGAGCCAGGAUGGAGGAGAGGUACAAAGAUCACGUUCGAGGGGAAGGGGAACCAGAUGCCGGGCACAAAAGCUGCGGAUCUAGUGUUCAUGAUAGCAGAGAAAGAGCACCCCUUGUUCAAGACACAAGAGGAUGAUCUACAAAUGGGAGCUGAGAUCAUGUUGGUCGAUGCUCUAACAGGGUGCACGCUUCCCCUCCCGUUGCUGGGAGGCGAGACGACCAGCCUCGGGAUAGAGGACGUCGUGCACACCGGCUACGUGAGGACCAUACAAGGACAAGGCAUGCCAAAGCAACACGAGCCCGGGACAAGAGGGGACUUGAUCGUCAACGUUUCGGCCAAGUUCCCAGAGACGUUGACACAAGAGCAGCGAUCUACUGCUGCUACUAUUUUGCAACAUGCUUGUUAA